AAAAUCUGGUGUAACAGAUCAUUAUGCUUUGGAUGACAAUCAUGCACUUCAUCUGGCAAGGAAAGCUGUAAGAAGUUUAAAUCUCCAAAAGAAAGUAGAUGUGACUAUAGAACCAUCAGAAGAGCCUUUAUUUCAAUAUGGAAUAGUAGGCGACCAGCUGAAAAGAAACUUUGAUGUCAAAGAGGUCAUUGCUAGAAUUGUAGAUGGAAGUAAAUUUGAUGAAUUCAAAGCCUUGUAUGGGGAUACUUUAAUUACAGGAUUUGCAAGAAUAUUUGGUUAUCCAGUAGGAAUUAUUGGAAACAAUGGAGUUCUUUUCUCAGAGUCAGCAAAAAAGGGUACACAUUUUAUCCAGUUGUGUUGCCAGAGAAAUAUUCCCAUUGUGUUUUUGCAGAAUAUUACAGGUUUCAUGGUUGGUAGAGAAUAUGAAGCUGGAGGGAUAGCAAAAGAUGGUGCCAAGAUGGUUACUGCUGUAGCUUGUGCCAAUGUACCUAAAAUAACAGUGAUUAUUGGUGGUUCUUACGGAGCUGGAAACUAUGGGAUGUGUGGAAGAGCGUAUAGUCCAAGAUUUCUUUAUGUGUGGCCAAAUGCUCGCAUAUCAGUGAUGGGAGGGGAACAAGCUGCAACUGUUCUAGCUACAAUAGCUAAGGACCAAAAAGCAAGGGAGGGAAAACAGUUAUCUGAGGCAGAUGAAGCAGCUUUAAAGGAGCCGAUCAUUAGGAGGUUCGAGGAGGAAGGAAACCCUUAUUAUUCAAGUGCAAGAUUAUGGGAUGAUGGAAUUAUUGAUCCAGCUGACACAAGACUGGUUUUGGGCCUCAGUCUCAGUGCAGCAUUAAAUGCACCUAUGAAGAAGACAGAAUUUGGGGUUUUCAGGAUGUAA